CCAUCAAAAACCAUAAGUUGAAGAGCAAAAAUCUUUUACUCCAAAAAAAACUAAAAGAAAAAAUGGGUGCUAACUACUCAACUACUUUGCAUGAAGCUCAUAAUAUGCCAAACACACCACAAUUCAAGAGAUCUCAAGUCAUUGCUUUCCACUCUUCAACAAAAUGGAAGCUCCAUUUUGAUUCUUUGAAAGAUACAAACAAAUUGGUUGUUAUUGACUUCACAGCUACAUGGUGUGGUCCUUGCAAAUAUAUGGAGCCAGUUCUUAAUGACUUUGCUGCUAAAUAUACAGAUGUUGAGUUUGUCAAGAUUGAUGUUGAUGAAUUGAAUGAUGUAGCUCAGGAAUAUGGGGUUCAAUCGAUGCCAACGUUCGUGUUGAUGAGGAAAGGGAAGGUUGUUGACAAGAUUGUGGGAGCAGAUAAAGAUGGACUAAAGAUGAAAAUUGAAAAACACAGAGCUAUAAAUUAA